AUGUCCACCGCUGUGAAUCAUGCCCAUUUACGUGAUUGUUACGGUAUUUGCUAUGGAGACCUGGCCAAUAGCGGUUCUCGGCUGGAUCCCGGUCGGGACGACUUCAGCGUAAAAGCAGUCUUUACAAGUUGGACGGAUUACAAGCUUCGCUGGAAUCCCGACGACUACGGUGGAGUUGACGUUCUCUACGUGCCUUCGGACACGAUCUGGUUACCAGAUAUCGUCCUUUACAACAAGUUUGUCCAUUAUUUCUCCAUUGUUUUUCCUAUUCUCAUGAUGAUACCAUACUUGCCCGACGGAAACUAUCAAGUCACCAUCAUGACCAAGGCCAAACUGUCCUAUAAUGGUACCGUCGAAUGGGCUCCGCCGGCAAUUUACAAGAGUAUGUGCCAAAUAGACGUCGAGUUUUUUCCAUUCGAUCGACAGCAAUGUGAAAUGAAAUUUGGGUCUUGGACAUACGGUGGUCUCGAAGUAGACUUAAUUCACAAAGAUGAACAUCUUCAAGAAGAGUCCAUCGAGAUUGUCGAAGGCGUUGAUGGACCUAUUCAAGAAUCUGUUUGGAUAGUUGAUGAAGGCAUCGACCUGAGUGAUUAUUAUCCCAGUGUCGAGUGGGAUAUACUCAAAGUGCCUGGAAAACGACACUCUAAACGGUAA